AUGGAGUCUGUGCGUCCUAGGGCAGUGGCAGCUGCGGCAUAUGAGACGGGGCCGGCCCUUUCUGCAAUGCCCAAGUCAUGGCCACUACGGGCAGCAAUGGCAUCGGGUGCAGCGGUAGUAACAGCAGCAGCAGUAGCAGCCUGCCGGGCGUUGGGGAGACGGAGCGGCCGCACCCGCGUCCUUUCCUGAUCGGGGUGAGCGGAGGCACCGCCAGCGGCAAGUCGACAGUGUGUGAGAAAAUCAUGGAGCUGGUGGGGCAAAAUGAAGUGGAUCACCGUCAGCGGAAAGUCGUCAUCCUCAGCCAGGAUCGGUUCUAUAAAGUGCUUACGACGGAGCAGAAGGCAAAAGCCCUGAAAGGACAGUACAACUUUGAUCACCCAGAUGCUUUUGACAAUGAAUUAAUGCAAAUGACGUUGAAGAAUAUAGUGGAUGGCCAAACGGUUGAGGUUCCAACGUACGAUUUUGUGACCCAUUCCAGGCUGCCUGAGACGACUAUGGUCUACCCUGCAGAUGUGGUGCUUUUUGAGGGGAUUCUGGUAUUCUAUACUCAAGACAUCCGGGACAUGUUUCAUCUCCGUCUUUUUGUUGACACGGACUCAGAUGUCAGGCUCUCCCGGAGAGUUCUCCGGGAUAUGAAGCGGGGAAGGGACCUGGAGCAGAUCCUGACCCAGUACACGACGUUUGUCAAGCCUGCCUUCGAAGAGUUCUGUUUGCCGACCAAGAAAUACGCCGAUGUGAUUAUCCCUCGAGGAGUGGACAACAUGGUUGCUAUAAACCUCAUUGUGCAGCAUAUCCAGGACAUUCUUAAUGGUGACCUCUGCAAGUGGCAGCGUGGGACGAUGAACGGGCAUGGACGCUCCUCCAAGAGGCCCUUCCCUGAGCAAGUAGACAGCAGCCCCCUGCUGGCUCCCGGCAAACGGUCCCACUUGGAGUCCAGCAGCCGCCCCCACUAAUGGGGCCAGAAGCUCCUCCCACACCAGCUGGACUUUUGACCGGUUCCAAGGUUCCCUUUGGAUGCCCUUCAGUGCUCCAUAUUCUCUUCCAAGAGGUGACGAAUCUGUGGUUUUAAACUGCCUUCUGUUUUUAGUUUCUCUCCUUUCAGAUAGUACCUAAAUCUGCCCCAGAAGUUAAAAAAAGAAGAAAAGUGUUUCUUUUUUUGGUGUUCUCUCUAGUCUUUGACUGCCAUGGUUUUUAAUUUUCUAGGAGAGAAAAUGGGUCUGCCACAGGCAAGCAAAUUGUCUUUGUGCUUAAAUUCUUCCCUAUUUCUCUCCCCCGCCCUAAUAUAAUUUGACACAGGAGUGAUGGCCAGAAGGCUGCUUUUCAGAGUCAAAUUUAUUUUCCCGCAAAUUCAUUUCAUUACACCAAGACUUUUGCAUAAUAUUUUGAGAGGAGAGGGCCAUGUGGAACGGUGUGCAAUUUCUCUCCUGCCGCGUGGCCAUCAGCUUAAAAAGCCAGAAUCAUUUUAGUACAAAAAAAAUCCAGCUUCACCAUUAUCUUCUGGCAACCGUGGGGAUAGCCAGCCCCCUUCAAUCUCUCAAAUAUAUGGUGCUUUCUCAAGGAGGGGGGGCAUAGCUUUGGUGUUUUUAUGCACUCCACUAGGUAACGAUGGGAUAGACUCAGGAGGAUGUGUGUUUUUAAAUAUAAAGCAGCUGCCUUUUCACAGACUGCAUCUAGCUAACAUAGAAUUGACUGAGCAAUUCUGCGCUCUCUAUUUAGCAAGACAAGGGGCAACUGUUAGCUGAUCAGCUGUGGGCAAUGGCAGAAUCCAUCCCUUAAGGCUUCCAGUUGACUUGUAGUUUUAAGAAGUGGUAGAUUCUUCUUUGAUCAAUAAUCACCACCAAGUAAACAGUGUUUGCCUCAUCUGAAAUGUUUUGCUAUUAAAAUGCAUUUGUGCUGCUAUUGCUGCCACUACCAGGUGGCAUUUUUCAAAGUUCGGAUAUCUUGUUUUGACGUUGGAAAUUACCUGGUCAGUGGUUUUUAUAGAGUCAUUUUAACCCCUGGGCAAAUGGUAAAAGUGAGGCCUUGCCAGCUCUACAUUUUCUAAAAGCUUGACUCGGUUAGUUGGUUUGUUUUGGCUUUGUUAAUAAAUAAAUAAAAAUGACAUGGCCGAGUUGUUUUUUCCCUUC